GCCGUAUCCGAGUUGUAUACAUCACACACCCGUCACCCAAAGUUACCUUAUUUACCAUAAAGUCCACUGUUUUGUUGGCUUAUACUUACUUGUUCUAAGACUGAUUCGCCACAAGCAUUCAAGUGAGCACCUCUAAAGGGUAUCCACACCAAUAUCCACCCUACCAAAGGAGAGGAAGCCGAGAGGACAAGUAAGGGAGUGAGAGUGAAUUGUUAUUGUUUAUACUAACCUUUACUUGUGUAAUGAUGGCAUCAAGAGGAAAGUCCCAUGACUCACAAGACGAAAGAGACAAGGCAAAUGUGAGCGAUGAAAUGCUUAAGGAAGCUCAAAUCCAAACCUUUUCAAGGUUCACACAAAGGCUUGAAGACCUAACCGAAUCCUUGCAAAAGAUGAACACUCGUGUUCACAGAUUGGAAAGGCCACAAAGAAUGCCACACCGAAGGAGACCAAUGAGCCCGAGAGAGAUAUCGGACGGAUCUCAAGAAGAUGAGGUACGUACUUUAAAUGAAUAUUUUGCUAAUGAAGACCCUUUUGAUAUAGGUCCAAGAAGAGCAUACAUUGGCAAAGGAAGAGGAAGAUUCCAACAACACCGAGAGAGGCUAAGAAGAGAAAACUACCUUGGGAGCAUGAAGUUGAAAAUCCCAACCUUCCAUAGAAAGUCUACACCCGAAGAAUUUGAAUCAUGGGAAAAGGAGAUUGAGUUAGUGUUUGCAUGCCACAAUUAUGAUGAUGGCAAGAAGGUAAUUCUCGCAAUCACUCAUUUUAAAGAUUAUGCACUAACUUGGUGGGAUAAAGUGAUGGCUCAUAGGAGGAGGAACCAUGAAGGACCCGUAGCUUCUUGGAUAGAGUUCAAGAAACUCAUGAAGAGAAAAUUUGUGUUGUCAUACUACCAUGCAAAUUCAAGGAAACUUAAUAAGCUCUAUCAAGGCACCAAGGGAGCUGAAGACUACUACAAGGAGAUGGACAUGUUGAUGAGCCGAUUUCAACUAGAAGAAGAUGAGGAGACCACUAUGGCUCGUUUCCUAGAUGGCCUUAAUCCGGACAUAGUCGACAAGCUUGAUUUGCAACAUUAUAAAGACAUGGAGGAACUUCUACACCUCACCGUCAAAAUAGAGGAGCAAAACCAAAGGAGAGCUAAAAGGUAUGUCAAAUCUACUCCUAAGACCACUUGUAGCAAAACGAAGAACAAAUCCCUAGAGUCAAAGCCAAAAGUUAACUAUGAAAGGGGAGAGUCAUCCAAGUCUAAAGCCCAACCCGAAUUUUCCAAGACUAGGACUAGUGACAUUAAAUGUUUCAAGUGUCAUGGAGUAGGCCACAUAAGCUGAAAUUGCCCUAACCAAAGAGCCAUGAUACUUAAAGAGGGAGAACUAGUCACGGAUGAUAAGGAAGAAGAAAAACUAGAGGUUGAGGAGAGGAAAGAUGAGAGUAGUCAAAAGGAGGAAGUAGAAGAGGAUUCCAAACACAUAACCUUAGUGGCUAGGAGGAACCUCAAUAUGCAAUUUAGGGAAGAACCUUUAGAGUCACAAAGAAAGAACCUAUUCCAUACUAGGUUCAUAGUAAACUCCACCCCAUGUAGUGUUAUCAUUGAUAGUGGGAGUUGCACUAAUGUUUCUAGUAAGGAUAUAGUGGAGAGGUUGAAUUUAGCCACUACACCCCACCCACGGUCUUAUAGCCUACAAUGGUUGAAUAAUAGUGGGGAUGUGAAGGUCCAAAAGCAAGUUCAAGCUCCAUUCAACAUAGGUAGGUACAAGGACGAGGUCACUUGUGAUGUUGUACCUAUGCAUGCUAGUGAUUUCUUGCUAGGGAGACCGUGGCAAUUUGAUAAAAGAGUGAGUUUCGAUGGUUUUCUUAAUAAAUAUUCAUUUGAACAUCAAGGUAAGAAAAUCACACUUGUACCUCUUUCUCCAAAGGAAGUACACAUUGAUGAUUUAAAAUUGGAGGAAAGAAGGUUGGAGGCCGAGAAAAAGGAAGUUAUUGAACUUCAAAAUAAAAAGAAAGAGAAGGCUCCAAGAAAGAAAGAGAAAGUCGUGACCCUCAUGGCUAGAAAAGAUGAGAUAGAGCGAAC